AUGUUGAACUUGUUCAUCAAGCAGUCGAUAGUCGACCGAUACGUGGAUGACUUGGCUUGUACCUUCGGCAUCACUAGAUUACAAUUGAACGUGACUGCCGCCGCGAAAGGCCUGCUGGCGGGCGGCUUUACGUUGACUCGAAACGAUGGUCAUCAUAUCAAUGGCAUGAGCGAGAAAGAGGGGAUACUCGUUCCCAGUGUCAACGAUAACGACAAUCUCGACUUGACAGACGUGCAAUGGGUUCUCAUUAUCGAAAAGGAGGCGAAAGGAUAUCCAGACCUCGCUUCACGGAAAUUUCUGAGUCAAUUAGCUGCUAAGGCCCCUCACAUUCCCAUGUACGCCCUGAUGGACCUUGAUCCUGACGGUAUCGCCAUACUAUCGACGUACAAAUAUGGGUCUUAUCGUCUUGCGCACGAAGACGUUACAUCCACGGAUACAGCCACACCAGGCUUGCCUAACAUCCGCUGGCUUGGUGUAAAGAGUCACCACAUGAGCGGGACUCCGCUAGGCGAUGUGCACACAGAGACGAGCACGAAACCUCAACUUCAAGGCCUGAUGAGACUGACGGCGCGCGACCGCAACAAAGCAGCGCGAAUGUUGGAGUGGAACUUGUGCGCCGAGGAGGGUCCCGAGAAGGGCUGGAGGCAGGAGCUACAGACAAUGCUGAUGCUUAACGUCAAGGCUGAAAUACAGAUACUUGACGAAAUGCCAGGUGGAUUGGUGUCUUGGUUGAGCGACAGGCUCGGGCAGACAACGGAACUGGUGCGCGCGCAGCGGAUAGAAGGCGAAAAGCCAGACGACGGGAUGCUCUUUUGA